GCAGCCCGGCCUGGAGCGAAGCGGCGGUGGAGCUCCAGAGCGGAGUGAGCGCCGUCAGCAUGCACCGCCAGGGCGAAGGGCCUCCGGCCAAGGCUCGCCGCCUGAGCAGCCUCGACUCCCCUCCGAGCGACGCGCAGCCUCCGCCGCCGCCGCCGCCGCCGCCGCCGCCGCUCCUCUGGCUGCCCCUGCCUCCACCGCAGCAGCGCCCGAGGCCUCGGGAAGAAACCGAAGCCGCUCAGGUGCUGGCCAACAUGAGGCGGGUGGGCUUGGGCUUGGGCCCUGCUCUUCCUCCCGCGGCGCCCUCUGCCCUGCGGGAGGAGGGGGGCGUUCGCUCCUACUUGGCCCGGGGUGCCGAGGGGGAGCCUGGGGUCGAGUCUAGGCGCCUCCCCCCGGGGAGCCUGGAAGCACUCUCUCCUCAGGAUGCUUCUGGGGGGAGCGUGCAAGUGGGUUUUCAGGCGCUGGAGUCCAGCAGUUUGGCUGAAGAGAAGGUUCUAGAAACCUGUAGCUCAGGGGCCUGGGAGCCUCAGCUAGUAGCCAGCACCCAGCGGGGAGAAGACGCAGUCGUCUUGGUAGAUGAUGAGGAGGAGGAGGAUGACUGUAUACUGAAGAGGAAAAAAAAGAGACGCCGAAGGCAGAAGAAAGGGAAGGGGGAAAGCCAAGAGGAGAAUGCGAAGAAGAGAGAGUAUAUCCUGCAAGCGCUGGAGAACGUUCAGCUCGACCUGGAGGCAGUGAACAUCAAGGCAGGCAAGGCCUUCAUCCGUCUGAAGCGCAAGUUCAUCCAGUUGCGAAGACCCUUCCUGGAGCAAAGAGAUCUCAUCAUUCAGCACAUCCCAGGUUUCUGGUUCAAAGCAUUCCUCAACCACCCCAAAAUUUCAAUCUUGAUCAACCAACGUGAUGAAGACAUUUUCCACUACUUGACCAAUCUACAGGUUCAGGAUCUCAGACAUAUUUCCAUGGGCUACAAAAUGAAGCUAUACUUUCAGACAAACCCCUACUUCACAAAUAUGGUGAUUGUCAAGGAGUUCCAGCGCAGCUGCUCAGGCCGUCUGGUGUCUCACUCCACCCCAAUCCGCUGGCACCGGGGCCAAGAACCCCAGAACCAGGAUCCCCAGGACCACAAGCCGAAGAACCAGCGAGUCAAACACAGCUUCUUCAGCUGGUUCUCAAACCACAGCCUCCCAGAGGCUGACAGCAUUGCUGAGGUUAUCAAGAAUGACCUGUGGGUUAACCCUGUACGCUACUACAUGAUGGGAGAAGAAGGCUACAGGGCAAACAGAAAGAAGCAAGAAAAGAGAAAAAGUAAAUACCAGAAGGGGUAUGAUAUGCUGAUCUUAGAAGAUCAUGAAGACUAUCACAUAAUGAAAGACAUCAGUUCCUCAGACAGUGAUAUGACUGACUUUGAGACUAUUCAUGACAUCAAAAUCUCUGAUUUUAUGGAGACCACUGACAAUGAGAUAACUGACAGUGAGAACCUCUGUGAUAGCAAGAGCCCUGACUAUAAUGAGAACCGCAUUAUGAUUGCCAAUGAUGAUAAGAAUCCUGAAAACAGUAAAAUUGGUAACGAGAGCUUUGAUGAUGAGACCACUGAUGAUGAGGGUUCUAGUGACUUCAAUGAAAAACCUGGAGAUGACAACAAUGACAACAAAGAGAAUCCUGAUGACAGUGAAAACUACUCUGACAGCAGUUAUGAUGACAACCACCCCAUUGGUAAUAUGAAACCGAAAGAUGGCAACCUGAGCAGCUGUGGCAGCAACCAGUGGCAGCAGCAGUUGCAGCAACCAGCAACCAGCAGUGACAGUGACAGUGACAGUGGAGACAAUGAAGACAGUGAUGAUGAAGGUAAUGAUGGCAAUGAAGGUGACAAUGAAGGUAGUGAUGAUGAUGACGAUGACGACAGAGACUUUGAAGACUCUGAGGAUAAUGAUGAAGACUCUGACAAGGAUCAAGCUAACUGCAAAAGCCAGAAUGACUAUAUGGAUGAGGCAGAAAACUUCUUGGAAUCAUCUGUGGAAGACGAGUACCAGGAUAGUGAGGAAGGCAGUGAGCAAGAAGAUGAAGUUGAUGAAGAGGAAGGAAGGUAUGAAGAUGUAUUUGAAGAGAGUGAGAGUGAGGAUGUUUCGGAAGACUCCAAUGUAGAGGGAGUGCUUCUGGUCCAAAACACCUGGAUGAACUGUGGAAAGAACAGCGGCAAAACUGGAUAAUUUGUUUAGUAUUAUCUUUAUGGGAGUGAGGAGCCUCACUGUACCCACUCCCCCUGCCCCAUCUGCCUUCUCCUUCCAUCAAACCAUGCCAGCCCCACAUUACACUUCUGGGAGUAUUGACCGAAUUCAUACGCAGGUUUAAGGUUUAUUUUUAUGGUUUAAUAAUUUCAGAGUUCUUAUUUUGGAGGAGAGGGUAAGGAGGGGCCUCUCUUUUGACCCUCCUCCCCUCAGGUUUCUAUGUGUUGUUAAACAUGUAUAUAUUGUGUUGCCUUAUAUAAUUGGUGCCCCAUUAUUUCCUCCUUGUGCUGUUUUGAGUGUACACCUUUGAUCCUCAACUGGGAAGGGCUGCUGGGCCUUUAGGGGCUCUGUAGUCACCCUGUUCUCCCAAGACUUUAUUUUUUCUCUAUCUCUUACCUAUUCUUGCUGUAACAGCUAGUCUGCUCUGUGCCUGUGCAAGGUUUUCCACAGUGCCGUACUACUGCCCUGCUUCCCCAGAAGCCCCACAUCAAUCCUGUGAACCCCGUUAAUCCUAAUAAAACUU